AUGAGCCCAGGCCGCGCGCAUCCGCUCGCACGCCGUGAAGCCGAGCUCGUGCAGGCCGCCAUCCUCGCGUCAAAGGCCGACCCGGCGUCGUCUUCGUCCGCCUCCCCCUCAUCAGCUCGCGGUCCCGUCGUCGGCCCACCAGCCCCGACCAAGUACGGCACGCUGCACGGCACGCUCGGAACAUCCACCUCGACCGACUCGGCCGCCCUGUACCUCGCCCGCGCCGUUCACCACUCGAGCAGCGACGAGCGCAUACUCACCCCGACCGUCCCCCACCUCGCCUCGUCCUCGACCGCCUCGCGCCGCACGCCCCAGGCCAUCCUCCCUACCGAUCCCUCCACCUACUCCGCACGCGCCUUCCCACCGCGCCUCCUCGUCGCCGACACCCCCGUCGCGUCCACCUCCGCCUCCGCCUCUGUCUCCGACCCCAUCGUCUCCGUCUCGACCACCUCGGCGGCUCGCCCGACCAUGGCCACCGACGCCAUCUCCAACUUCUCGAGCGCCGGCAAGUGGGGCGAGAAGAAUCCGCUCGCCGGCGCUAGCAGGGCGGCGCACAAGGCGCACCAGGACGACGAGCUCGUCGUGGGCGACAGCGACGGUGAAGGCGGCGGCUCGGCCUCGCUUCCCCUCUCGAGCGCCCCCAACCCGUUCGGCGCGCUCCCUCCCCUUCCCGGCGCUCCGCCCGCCUCCUCCUCGUCCCUGUCGUCCGCCGGCAACGACGACGCGCACCGCCUCGACUCGGCCCACAUGUCGAGCGUGACGACGACCGACCCGAUCGCCGCGACGAGCUCGACCGACCCGCGCGCCGCCGCCGCUCCUCCUGCGCCCGUCGCCAAGAAGCCGCACCCGCGCCCUCGCGGCGAGACGCUCACGGUCGAGAUCCCCGAGCGCGCGCGCACCGUGUCCAAGGGCGACGGGCUCGCGUCGGCAAAGAAGAAGAAGCGCUCGGCGCCGCAGCAGGACGAGGGCGACGAGGCGAGGGCCGGGACGGACUACGACGAGGUCCUGCCAGUCGGAGGAGCGCGCAGGGGCGCCAAGAAGAAGGUCAAGACGGUCAGCCGCGCGAUCGUCCAGUCGUCGGACGAGGACGAGGACGCCGCCGCCGCAGGUUCGUCGCGCCGCGAGCUCUCCUCGCCGGCCCCUGUCGCCGGUCCAUCGACCAAGCGCGCUCGCUCCGCCUCGACCGCGUCCGCCGCCGCGCCUCGCUCGCGCAAGAAGAGCGUCGCCGUCUCGGAGGACGAGGACGGCGAGGCGGCGCUCCAGCGCGCGGUCGCCGAGCAAGCCGAGCGCGCCGAGGAGGGCGACAGCGACUUUGGCGGCGGCGGGCGCAAGAAGAAGGCCAAGCGGGCGGCCUCGGCGAGGAAGGACAGCGCGGGCGCGGCCAAGCAGAAGGGUGCGCCGAGGCGCAGGCCGACCGUCAAGCGCGACGCGGCGGCGCCUCCUGUCGUCACCGGCGGCGCCGAGGUCGAGUCGGCGGUCGACGAGGCGGUCAAGCCGUCGAGACGCCGCACGAGCAGCAGCAAGGCCAAGUCGGUCUCGGACGAGUUCGUCGACGACGACGCCGACCGGGUCGAGCCCGAGCCGCAGCACAAGGCCGCGCCCGCCGUCACGGCCGCAGCGCCCGUCGAGGUCGGCGACGACGAGGAGGACGGCGUCGUCGUCAGCAAGAAGCAGGCGCCGAAGCGCAAGCGCGCCAUCGUCGACUCGGACGACUCGGGCGCCGACGACGGCCCUGCGCCCGCUCCCGCUCUCGCUCCUCCCGUCGUCGCCGAGCACGUCGCGUCGACGUCCAAGUCGAAGAAGGACAAAACCGCGUCCAAGCCGUCGAGGAAAAAGGCGACCGCCGUCCCCUCAACGCCCGACGUCUCGCCGCCGGCCAAGCGCGGUCGCCGCGCCGCCGCGACCAAGAACUCCUUCUGCCCGUCGUCCGAGGUCGAGCCCGAGGUCGACGCCGACGCCGGCGCGGCGAGCGACGCGACGUCGGCGAUCCGGACCGAGGACGAGUCGGACGAGGACAGCGACGCCGGCGGCGAUGUCGGCUCGGCGCCCGCCAAGGGCAAGGGCAAGGCCAAGGCCAAGGCGUCGUCGAAGAAGAAGGGCAAGGGCAUCUCGGUCGCCGUCGAGGUCGAGCCCGUCGACGGCGGCGCCGGAGCGGGCGCGUCGUGCAAGCGUUCCGCAGGCGCCGGCACGUCGCGCUCGCCCGAGAUCGAGCGACGUCGGUCCGCGUCGUUCGAGGCGCGCAUCGCGGCCAUGAUGGCUGUCGCGGGCGGCUCGCCCGACAAGUCGCUCGUGGCCGUCAAGCCGGCGUCGAAGGGUGCGGCCGGGCCGGCUAGGGGCAAGGCCCCGGCCAAGGGCAAGGGCAGGGCGGCGGCGAGCAAGGAGGUGGGCAUGGACGCCGACGACGAGGACGAGGACGACGAGGACGAGGAGAAGAAGGACGAGGAGCCGGCGCCACCUUCGAGCUCGGCGGACGCCAAGGAGAACGAGGACAAGGGCACGCCGGGUCCGUCGCGCACGACGUCGCUGUCGCGCGUCAACGCCGCCGUCGGGACGCCUCUGCAGCAGCGUAGCCGCUCCAUGUCGGGCACGCCGGGCGCUCUGAGCAGGACGCCAAAGCCGGGCAGCCUCGCCGCCAUCCUCGCCAAGCAGAAAAUGCCGACCGCUCGCGCGCCGGGCCUGUCGAUCAGGCAAAAGCUCCCGCGCCUGCACACCAACCUCAAGCCGCCGCCGCCGCCCAAGGCCAUCCUCAAGAACGACGCGCCCAAGAAGAAGAAGAAGAAGGGCGACGAGAGCUACUCGGACGAGGAAAAGCCCUGGUACGAGCGCAAGGACCCCGAGGAGUGGGACGACGACGACCACGCUCGUUGGCAGAAGCGCUGCCGACGCAUCGAGCGAGGUCUGCCGCCCGACACGCCGACCAAGGACGACUGA